GGGAUCGAGAGGAAAAUCGUAAACACUCAUUUCGCUCUCUUCGUUCUUCGUCCCUUUCUUCUAUACGACACUCUGUAAUUAAAUGCACCGUCUUGCUGCACCUCUUCUGGACAGACCUUCAUCUCUCGACUUCUCUUUGUAUCAUCGUUUGCCAUUAUCCGUAGCAGUAGCAGUAGCAGCAGCAGUAGAAACUUCAACCCGGGCAAUCGAGGAAAUUUGGGCAAUUUAGCAGCCACACGCACACGGGAUCCUUUCGUUAAACCUGACGCUGGGUCGUGUUUAGGGGUCGAACCGUGUUGGAAAAUGAGUUACGGAAACAAUUACGGCGGCGGUAGCAACCCGUAUGCCCAACAAGCAUCGCCAGGCUACCCUCAAUCACCCCAAUACGACAAUGGAGCAGCGAUGGGACGAGACUCUUACGGUGGACAGAAUGUUGAAAUGGCGUCGUUAGCACAAAAUGGAAUGCAACCUGGAGAACAAUCCGAUCCGAAUUACAUUCUUAACGCAUGUCGCGACAUCGAUUAUCAAAUUGAAGCAGCCAAUGAAUACAUCAACGAGUUAGACAGACUGAAGAACCGGGUCGGAAAUGAGCUUGACCAAGGCGUAAUCGCUAGAGACCUUGCGGGAAUAGCGAGCGAUUCCAGCACUGCAUUCAAAGGUAUCAUCAAUGAGAUCUCUAGGCUCAAGAGAAUGCCCGAGUCAGGGAGCCCAAGAAACCAACCGCAAAUUGGUAGAGUCCAACGCAAACUCAAGGGAACUAUGGAUCAAUACAAGGCGAAGGAAAUGGCUUUCGAGCACGCAGUUAGAGAUCAGAUGAGACGAGAAUAUAGAAUUGUCAACGCCGAGGCCACUGAGGAGGAAGUCAAUGCUGCUGUACCAAAUGCAGAACCACAGCAAAUGUUUCAACAAGCUUUGAUGACAAGCAACAGACAAGGACAAGCCAACACAACUUUGAAUGCUGUCAGACAAAGAAAUGAGGCUAUCAAGAAGAUCGAGCAAGAUAUUAUCCAAAUCGCAGAACUGUUCUCGGAGAUGGAGAACUUGGUUGUACAACAAGAAGCUGCUGUGGUCAAUAUUGAAAUGAAGGGCGAAGAAGUUGUCGAGAAUAUGGAUAAGGGAGUUCAACAAAUGGACACGGCAAUUGUCAGUGCGAGAUCAAGAAACAGAAAGAAGUGGUAUUGCUUAGGUCUUGUUGUCAUCAUUGUUGCCAUUAUCGCAAUCGUCUUAGCUGUACACUUCACCAGCAACAAAUCAGACGACAGUAACAAAACUGCUGCCAAGAGAGCAGUUAUUCCAGGUACCGACUUCACUACAUCAGAUAGACUUGUCAUACCAGGAGCAAGCUUCGUAGAAUCAAGAAUGGUUGUUGCAGGCAAGGACUGGAGUGAAGAAAAGGCGGUCGUCCCAGGUGCGGAUUUUACACCUGUGGUCAGAAAGUGGAAAAAAUUCAUCGCAUGAGUGAGAUGAAUUCUGAAUGAGGGGGAAAUGAUGUUUGUAUAUGGCAGGUCCAGUUGCGCUCUUGAUGUUUCGGUUUUCUUUUGUCUUUUCUGCGAAUAUGCAUGUGGUACGGAACUCAUAUCAAAUGAGCUGUGCAUAAAUAAGAUUUGGGCGUAUAUGAUGACUUUCCAGUUCAAGGACUGAAGAAGAGUAGGAAAGAGGAAAGGGGUAGGAAGGGGAAGAUUGUCCUUUCUAACACAAGCACGUUGAGAUGAGACGUGCCUCGAUACAAAAUAUUUCUUUGUGUAAGAAUAAUAGGUUCAUAUGGGAGGAAAAAUUAUAUACCAAACGUUACUUUACUUUUCUCUAGUUGCAACAUCCAUCAUGUUGCUUUCAUUCGCUUCGUUUGAUCUAGGGGUUGAGGAGUUUUCCGUUUCCUUAGUUUUGAGAGGAGAGAGGUGGGAUUGAUGUUUAUAUAGAAUAUUGUAGUAUGGAUUUUAAUAUACGGUAGCUUUUUGUAAUGAAUCUUAUCUGAAACUUA